CAUAAGACAGUAAUCUUUUUGACUUUUUUUUUUACUGUAAAUCGUGACUUAAUUCACAUUUUAUAUUUUGUUAUUUAUUACAUAUACUGGGUUGGAUUAUUUGUAUAUCAAUAAUUGGAAGACUCAAGAAGAAAACAUGGGAAACUAUAUGGAUAGACACAGCUCCGAACCAGUUGUUGAAAGUGAUAUUCCACCCCUCGGCCACAGGUGGGUUUGUGAAAGUCCGGAAAAUGAUAUGCAACCAUUCAUUGAGAAUACUACGAAUAAAAUCUUAGAAGAGUUGUCAAAAGUUAGAGGAAAAGUUUCCAACACAAGUUAUUUAAACUUUGGAUGCAAAGAGAGGAACGAUGUCGCAGUUGGCCUCAAUCAGAUAAAGAGCUUGGAUGAAAAGAAUGCGCCCUAUCUAGAAAAAGAUACAAGAGCACAUCAGGGAAACAUCGAAUCUGAUUCAACCGCAGUUUCUUUUCUCAACGGUAUACUUGAUAUUCCACCCCUCGGCCACACAUUGGUUUGUGAAAGUCCGGAAAGUGAAUCUGAUCCAACCGCAGUUUGUUUUCUCAACGAUAUACUUUCUUAUCCCGAACACAGAGUCGAAUGCCAGAAAAAUUUCCAAGAAGAAGAAAUAAUAAGGCUAGCAAAGCGGCGCAGUAGAGUGCGAAUGAUAAAUGACGAGGAUGAUCCAUUGAAGGCAUCAAGCAAUAUUGAAAGAACCUUGCAAGGUUCAAGCGGCCCUCACAGCAGUCAUAAUCUGGAAGGAGAAGAGAAAAUGCCAUGUGGCGUUGCCUACAUAAUGAAAUAAUAAAUG